AUGAAUGAUGAACUAACAACACAAUCACCUCCAGCGCCAAUUGUUUUGAAAUUAAAAAAAUACGAUGAUAUCAUUCUUCCUCAUUCAUCUCGUUUAUCAACAGAUAUUCUAAACGAUACGUCUUCUUCGUCAUUUAGUCCAGCUAAUGAACCUCCGAUUGUUACAACAGUAUCACCCACAACUCUUCGUGUCAAAUUGAAAAAACCAUUGUACAAUACGGAUGAUGAUGAAUGUUUAAAUACGAAUUCAGUCGAGACUAAUUCUCGUCCUGCCAAACGUAGUAAAAAAUCUUCCUCCAAUGAUAAUCUGUACAAUAACAUAUCAGAAAUCAAUAAUGAUCUAGAGUCUAGUCAACAAGAGAUGAACGAAAUAAAACAAGAACAUUGUGUUAUUAACGAACAACCAACGAAUUCGCCAUUGGUUCUGAAAAUUCGCCGAGAUAGUUUAACUUCAACUAUUGGAAAUACAACCGCAGCUGACGCAGACACCAAUCGACAGCUACUACUUAAACUAAAGAAAAAUGAAUAUGGAGAAUUAACAACAAAACCAGUGCCUGUAGAUAAUAUCCCCAAUACCUUCACCAACAAUGAGUAUACCAAUGGACACAGCGAAGGAUUAAAUGACUCGUUCAAUUCUCCCAUCCACCAAGAAAAUCUACCUGCAAUUCAACCACAUAUUACAAAUAUGUUAUCAAAUCUAACUGAUGAUAAUCAAUGGAAUGAUCAACCGAUCAAUAGUAAUCAUAUUUCUCAACAGACGACUACAACUACUACUAGUCAUGUUCCAAUGAAUACAACUCCGACGACACCGUCGAUCAUGUCAACCGCAUCGGAAACUCAUACAAAAGAGCUUCUGGAUGAAGCAUUGGACAGUGUCAAAAGUGUUCUGAUGCAAACAUUCAAGAAGAAUUUGGAAGCGGGUGGCGAUCUAAAUGCACUGAAAAGUAGUUUAGGUUCGGAUGAAGUCGCCGAAGUAUUUCUAUCAAAAUUACGAGAAUCACUUAAACGUGAAACGACAACUAUUACUGAGAAUGAACAAAAACCCUUGGAACAUAUCAAUAUGAACACCGAAGUUCGUCCUUGUCAACCGACAACUCCAUCGUCUUCGUCUUUAAAUACAAUUAUAUCUCCAAUUAUGAAUGUUGUCUCACCGUCACCUUCGUCAUCUUCGCCUCUUCCAUCGAUAUCAACCAUUAUGAACAAAACGACAUCAUCCUCUCCCUCGACGCCGAUUCCUACCUCGCCACAACCGGUAACACCAAGUAGUAAUAAACGUAAAUCUUCCAAUCCAAUAACAAAUCCCAAUCGUUUCGAUGGAGCAACAGAAGAAGAAUUAGCUAAACGUCUCCUAUCAGAUAUUCUGCAACCAAAUCUCGAUAUUGUUUUUGUUGGAAUCAAUCCAAGUCUCUAUGCUGUACAUAAAGGUCAUCAUUAUGGCGGACCAGGAAAUCAUUUUUGGAAAUUACUUCACAUGUCUGAACUAAUUCCGAAUGCAUUUACAGCUGAAGAUGAUUAUCGAAUGCCACAGUAUGGUAUCGGUUUUACGAAUAUCGUGCAACGGCCAACGAAAGCUGGGUCAGACAUUACAAAAGAUGAGAUUACUGCUGGAGCGGAAAUCUUAAUGCAAAAGAUUAAAAUGUAUCGACCGAAAGUUGUUGCAUUCAAUGGCCGAGGUAUUUACGAAGUCUAUGCCGGUAAUAAACAUUUUCAUUAUGGUAAACAGCCUGAACUAUUUCCCGAAACAGAUACACAUGUUUUUGUCAUGCCAUCAUCGAGCGCUCGUUGUUCUCAGUUACCACGCGCCGAAGAUAAACUUCCGUUCUACGUUGGAUUACGAAAAUUGCGCGAUUUUGUUAAUGGAACAUUACAUUCACUGAAUGAGGCUGAAAUAACGUUUCCAGAUAUAAAAAUCAAAGAUACAGAUGAUGUAUUACAGAAAACAGUGAUUCGCAUUAGUAAUAAACCAUUUUCGGAACUUGCACCGGAAAUACUGAAAUCCUACGGAGACAAGAUACCAUCAGCACAAUUAGUAUCGAAGUUUAAACCGAAUGCAAUAACAACUCAAACAAUGUCGAUUCUACAUACUCAACAAAAUGGCAAUUUACUCAAUUAUGAUCAACAAGGAUCGAUUAGUAAUGAAAUUCUCACGACAAAAUCUUCAGUGGGAGAGCAUACAUCUUCGAAUACAGCAAUACCUAUGAAUGAUACAGAUGCCGCUGUAUUAGCAGCAUUGGCUAAUGGUGCAUUUAGCUCCUCGUCACAAGUACGACAAUCUCAAACGAUUCAUCUUAGUCGACUGCAACAACAAACCGUUUCCUUCUCAGGAUCUUCGUUGAAAUCCAAUGGUACAAGUCAAACUACUUGCACGCCAACUACGUCUCAUACCAUUCACCAUUUACCACAGAACUCUUCCAGCGAACAACUGACACAGCCAAUAACAUCUUCUAUUCCAAUCCUAUCAACUAAUUCUCAGAUCGUUCCUCACCAAAUCGUUGUUAUCAAUCCUAAUGAACGUCCGACAUCAAGCAAUCCUAUAUUAAAUUCAAAUUCAUUAAAAGAUCUCUUAUCUAGUCAGCAACCUACUCAAAAGCAACAGUUUGUUGUCCCAUCGAUUCCCGCUUCUGUUCAAACAUCGAAUACCAAUCUUCCUCGUGCGGCAAUAACGACGAAUAAACUCUCGACUGCUACAGCCGAUGACAGUCUUUAUCUUCAUUACGAACGUGAACAGCCAUCAACUCAAAGUCCGUUUCACUUUUCAUUUGUCAUCGAUGAAUAUUCAUCCACUCCCAAACGUUCACGGUAUGUUUCAAUCAAUGAUCUAUAA